AGACUGUAGGGUUUGCGUUUGAGCAUGUGCAAACAGUGCCAAUCGCAGUGUGGCUCUGGGUGUCCACUCAGCUUUGACUAGCCAGGAUUUAGGUUUUCCUGCUGGUUUAGGGACACGACUGGCAAGCUCAAAGAGAGGAGACGAGACUCUGGCUCCAGACGCCUCUUCGAAGAGAGCCAGGCUCCAGGGACUCGCAGUCUAAGGCAGAAGAUUUCCCUGUUCUGAAGAAACCUCUUCUGAAGACUUCCAGGACCCCCCUUCCUGAGGUGAGAAGCAAGAGUCCUUCCCGGAGAGAGCUGAAGAUGGCUCAAGACCAGCCUUUGCUGGCCAUGCAGGAGGUCCUGAGGAAGUGCUUCCCCGUGGUGGAGCAGCAGCAGGGCCUAUGGCAGAGCACUCUGCAGGACUGCUCGCCUCUCCUGUCCUCUCUCAGCAACCUGGCAGAGCAGCUGCAGGCUGCACAGAACGUGCGCUUCGAGGAUGUGCCUGCCCUUCGUCCCUUCCCGGAUUUACAGGAGCGGCUGAGGCGCAAGCAACUGGAGGCUGGCGACAUUGCCCUGGACAAGCUAGCUGACAGGCUAGCCACCCUCCUCAGGGUUCGUGACACCGUCAGCAGCCAUGUGGAGCGGGUGUUUCAGACCUAUGAGCAACACUCGGCUGCGCUUGACAUGGACGCUGUCCUGCGGCCCUCGGUUGUGAGCCCCUCUGUGGCUGACAUGUUGGAGUGGCUGCAAGACAUCAACAGACAUUAUCGAAGCUCGUACCUGAAGAGAAAGUACCUCCUCUCCUCCAUCCACUGGGGAGACUUGGCCAGCAUCCAAGCACUGCCUAAAGCCUGGGACCAAAUUUCAGAAGACGAAUGCCAAAGCUUUGUGCCAGAUAUCUUGGUGAGUGUCUCCUUCUUCCUGGAGGAGCCAGGAAGCUGCACAGUGACUGGAGAUGUGGAGCCUCGCAGCUGAGGGCUGCUGUUGCCGCCUUCGGCUGUCUCGAAGUGAGCAUCAGCGCUUCAGCCAACGCCUCCAAAAUACCAGUGCCGACGGUAGAGGUCCCUACGGCUUCUCCGUGCUAGGCCAUGGCCAAGGGUCCAUGGCCACUGCACUGCAGCUCUGGGAAGUGGAUAGGGCCAGAGGAAAAAGGAAAGGCAGCACUGAUAAACAGUGUCCAUCUCCAUCGUUAGGCUUGAAGCGGCAUGGAAAGAAAGAACCAGGAGAUGAAGAUCCAUGGCUGCCUCUGCGUCAGCUGAAGUACUUUAGCUGCUCAGGUCCUGGUUAUGUAUAGUCUGAGUCCUCAGUGGUUUAAAGAUCUGAGUGGGUCUGGGAGUGCAGGGCAGCAGCAGUGUGUGUGUUGGGGUGGGCAACAUGAAGACCCUGGAUUCAAAUCUCUUGCACACCCAAAGAAGGGAGGAACUGAAGGAAAGGGAGCAUUUAAAAUGUUUACCCCUUUACAGUACAUCAAACCAGUUUUCAUUUCCAAAACUAGCCACCAGGGGGAGACAGUGCCACGUGAGCAGUUCUGAAUGCUUUGUCCUUGAGAGGUCCCUGUUGCUGUUAAAAGUAGCUGAGGGCCAGGACUAUCCCACCUGCCCCUAGAGAGGCCAUCUCUGUGAUUUUGAGAUCAUCCUGGAGUACACAUAGCUCCAGACCAACCAAGGCUACAUAACGAGACUCUGUCUCAGAAAAGGGAAAGAUGUUAGCUGAGAAUAGUGACUCCCCAGUUGCCAGGCUUGAGUCUCAUGUGACCUUUCAUUGGCUACAUUCUUCUGGGUUUGGAGUGACUGGCCAGGUAGGAGAAUACGCGCCAGCUGUGAUCGUUAGUUUUAAUUGUUCGUUUGACACAUAUAGUCACCUGGGAAAGGAGUCUCAAUGAGGAAUGUUCUAGAUUUGGUUGGCCUGCAGGCAGGCCUGCAGGAUUUUCUUAAUUGAGGUGAGAAGAGCCAUCCCGAAUGUGGGUGGCAUCAUUUCAUGGGCUGGGCCCUAGAUCACAUGAGAGAGAGAGCAGGCUGAGCACCAGCAGGCAUGCACUAAGCCAUUGCUCUUGACCGUGGGUGUCAUGUGACCAGCUGCUUCAGGUGCUUGCCACCUUGACUUCCCUGCAGUGAUGUACUGUCCCCUCAGAUUACGAGCCUAAUAAACCCUUUCUCCUUUCA